UUGUCUCUUGUUUUUUUUUCAAAUCUCUUUCUCUCCACAAUUAACAAUUAUUAAUCAAACUCUAUUUAUGAUUUAAACUAUUAGUUAAUCUUGUUAAUAAUCUAAGUAUGGCCUCAAUCGAGAAGCUGGUUAAAUCAUUGGAAGCUUUGAAAGUACUCCAAGCAUCAAUUGACAAACCUGAAGAACCGUUGAUAUCAACAAAAUUUAUCAAGAAGGAAGCGUCUAUCAGUAAGAAGGAGAAAAUCUCUCACUGUAUCAACAUUGCGGAUAUAAUAUGUUGCUCUCAAUUAAGGAGUAUGGAGGAUUUUCAAAAAUUUUUAGGAAUUGCAAUUGAAACCAUGUUGGCUUGUUGCGAUGAUACUGAUGCUGAUGUCCGUUCCAAUGCCGGUGAAUGUUUAAAUAGGACCAUUAAAUCAAAUAUCGAUUGUCACCUUAAUCGGAUUCAUGUUGAAUUAUACAAAGAAUUGAAGAAAAAUGGUUCAAGUCGAAGUAUUCGUGCAGCUCUAACCCGUUUCGCUGAACUUGCUUAUCUUCUUAAACCGGCCAAAUGUCGUCCUUAUUUGGUACAAUUAAUUCCAGUAUUAGAAAAGAUUAGUGCACGAACGGGAGAGGAUAAUAUUCAAGAGACAAUCACCUUAGCAAUGAAAAAGUUAAUGCCAGUCUUGGGUCGAUAUGCAACCGAAAAUGAGAUCUUACGUCUUCUUAAUUGUUUCCUGUCCAAUUUAAGUUAUUCUCUGGCCUCUGUUCGUCGAACUGCUGCAAUAUCAUUAACUUCGAUAUGUCAACAUUCAAAGAAACCACCUUACUUUUAUUCUUGGCUAAUUAACAAUCUUCUUAAAUUAUUUCACUCCAAUCAAAACAAACUUAAUCUUAGUCACAGUCAACUUUUAGAGACAAACAAUAACCUUCUCUCUGGAAUAUUUCAAUGUCUUAAAAAUUUAUUUCCAUUGUUAAACAACAUUCCAGCUGAUGAGGAGAACCAAAGUUUAGUGAUUACACUUAAACAGAAACAAGUUUACGAGAAACAAAUGAUCAAUUUGAAAGACAAUCUACUUCAAAUGUACGAAUUAUUGUUACACAGUUUACGAUAUUCAUCUGAUAAUGGUGUCAUUGUCUCGGCUCUUGAAGCUUUACUACAACUUUUACGUUCACCUCCCAAAUUGAUUCUCAAUAAUUUACUAAGUAUUAAUGGAGUUGGUCAAUCUCGUCUAAAUGAUUCUGGAAUCACGGCUUCAAUACCAUCAUCACCUUCAAUGUCAGUCCGUCGGUUAAAGGAAGGAUCUUCAAUCGGUGGUUCAACUGAUAAUGUCGCCUCAUUGGAAGAAGAUGAAGAUAUUUUAAUUGGAUCAUUUUCUCAAGACACAAGGAACACAAACACUUUGAACCUCAACAUGCGAACUGAUUCAGGUGAAAUUUUCCGUCCGGAAUCUAGUCUUAGUGAACCAGAUGAAAAUGUUUACGAUCAAUCAACAACCAAUAAUAGUAUGGAAGGAAAAGAUUUCCAAUCAUUUGAUGAGAAAAGUUCACUUUCAUAUUCACCAAGAAUUCUGCCAAUGAUUUUAAAUCAUCGUCAUUCUCAACAAAGCAGAGAGGAGGAUCAACCAAAUGAAGUACCAUUAUCACCAGCACCAUCGUUACCAAGUUGCUGGGAUUCUGAUAUGAUAUAUCAGAUUGAAAAUAUUGGCGAUUUUACUUCAGAAGACACAAUCCCAUUAGAAUAUUGUACUCGCUUGAUUUGCGCCAAAUUUUUGCUCAAUAGCACAAAAAACGGUCUUAUUCCUGAUAAAACUGUACGAAUAAGUGUCAAGUCUCUUGCCCUUAGUUGUUUAGCACCAAUCGUACAACUUUAUCCAAAAGCGUUUCUCCUCGAUCUUCAAUUGUAUCGACACCCACCAGAUUCUCCUCAAAAAAUUUGGGAUAUUACUCUUUACUCAUCUCACCCUGAUCCUCAUCUACGAAGUCAACUCUCUCUUGUGAUAUCAACUUUUAUCAAACACGUUCUCGAACUACCUUUAAGUUUCGAUGAAUUUAUCAGUGUUAAUUGUGCUCCAUCGGAUAUUAACGAUGUUCCAAGUUUAGAAAAUUUAAUCAUGAAGCACAUCUACCCGAUACUUUAUGAAUCUGGAAAUACCUCAUCCAGCAUUAGAAAUGCUCUUCAAUCAUUCCAGAUUUGUCUUCCGGUUCUAAUAAAAUCCAAAGAAAACAUUACCAAUAUUUUACCCAAGGUUUUAAAUCGUCUUAUUUUAUUAAAAGAUCAUAAUUAUUGGCUUGUUAAAGCUGGUCUUCUCGAGCUAUUAUCCAAUUUACCUUAUACAGAGAUAUUUUAUCUAGAAAAACGUUUAUCAUUAGCCAAGAAUUUUAAUUCGAAAACAAAAUUCCAAGAUAUCGUCAUUGACGAAGUAUUUUUACCUCUUCUAUCAGAUGAAGAUUAUCGUAUUCGUAGUUCAGCUUCUUCUUAUCUUGUUGGACUAGUCAAGAAUAUGUUUACCUGUUCUAAUCAAAAUAACGGUGACCCUGUGAUAGGAACCACUCAGAAUCUUGCUGAAUCAUAUAUAAGCUUUUUCUCAAGUUCAUCAAUGUCAAUUCUUCCGAUACGUGAAUCUUUUCCAAUCAAAUUGCUCUCAAAUGAAUUUGAUUUUAUUCCACCUUUUGUUGAUAAAAAGGAUUCCAUUGUUUACAAUGUUUCCAUUGAAUCAAAUUUAAAGUGUAUCGUUGAUAAACUGAUAACCAAUCUAACCAACAAUUCUGCCUCUAAAGCGACAAUUUUUGGCUGUUUUCAGAGUCUCUGUGAGCUUAGUGAGGAAUAUCUGGUCACUAAAUUUCCAAAAGCCUGGGGAUGUAAAUCAGAUGAAAAUUCUGGUAUCAUUUCUCUUCUCAAAUAUUUAUUAUAUCUACUUUCCAGUUAUCCACCUUUGGUCAACGAUCUCAUUGCUCACCAAUGUCUAAUCACUUUAACAGGAAAUCUUAUCUCUGGUCUUUCAUAUCAAAUAAUUAGUCAAAGUGAAUAUGUUGUAACAAGUGAUCAUGGAAUCGGUAGCAGUGGAGGAAGUGGAGUAAUUAAUGAAACAGAAUCUGAAUGGGGUGUCUUGGGUAAAGAAGCUCCUCUCUUGGAACCACUUUUAUCUCAAGCUACUCAGCACUCGAUUAAAUUGUUGGCAAUUUUUGGCUCUGUUUACGAUGAAACCAAUAGUCUAAUCAAUACACCAACCACCAAUUCAGUUGUAACCAAACCACAAAUGAUCUCAACCCUGUCCAGUGCCACUUUAAGUCCACUGAGAAAGAAAAGUGCUAAACCAGAUUCUGAUAAAAGUGAAUUACGUAAAAGUGGAAUUGAAAAAGAUCGUGUUAAAGCAGUUCAAAGGCAAAUCAGUAUAACCACCGAUCCACUUACUUGGAGAAUCUAUGAGAUUAUGAAAAGUACUUAUCAUUCAUCUAAAAUAACCAUGGAUAUGGGCGAAAGUAAGUUAGGUCCAUUAUUGGAAUCAAUUCUUACUCUACUUUCUCAGCUGAUGGAGAUUGGAUCUUUUCGUCACUUUGUCCGUUUUUCUGAGGAUAUUUUAGAUUAUUUGAAAAUUGUGAUCGUUCAUGAACCUCAUGCUUCAGUUAAAUGUGUCCAUCAAUUGUUCAAGUGUCUAUUUGGAUUGAACUUUGUCAAUCUGAUUGUACAAAAUCGCGACGGUGGUGAUAAGAAUGAUCUGCCAACCAAAGGAUCACUUUCUGGUAGUGGUGGGAUUACAGGUCUCGGUGGUAGUAGUGAUUCUGGUGGGAUAAUUGGAAGUGGACAUCAACCAAUGGACUAUUCAAGCUGCUCUUUUCCUUUACCCUCUUCAUCUUCGGGACUUUACCAAGCGGUCAUUGCUCGACCUUAUUCCAACUUUUCAGAUUACACCUCAUCUUAUGCUCCAUCACUCAAUUCUUACACUUCCUCACCAAGCUCGAUUCCAACUUCUGUCAUGACCUCCUCAUCUUUGAACUUUCCAUCUGAAGAUCCCGACCUUUGGCAUUGUUACUUUCGAAAGGCUAUCGAGAAGCAAGUCUCUUAUGUCCUCGAUAGAAACUCAGCUCUUAGUCUUUCAUCAACCCAAUCAACGGGAAUUCCCCGAGUAACCUUAACAUCACAUCUUCGAUUAUUUGAACCGAUUGUUGUUAAAUCCCUUCGUCUUUACACAAUGACAUCUAAUCUUGAUCUUCAAUAUGAAAUUUUGUCAUUUAUUUGUCAGCUAAUUAAAUUACGGGUUGAUUAUAAUCUUCUUGAUUCAGAUGCCAUUUUCCUUGGUUUUGUUAGGAAACAAUUUGAAUUUAUCGAAAAUGGUUUACUCGGACCUUGUGAUCGACUAAUUGGAAUUAUUUUCAAUUUUCUUAUCCUUCUCUCAUAUCCUAAUCCAACACAAGCAACUCUUCAAACUAGUAAGGUUAAUGUAAUCACAGUUCCCAAAAUAAUUCAAAUGUGUGAUGACCUGAUGGCAUCUGAUCAACCGCCCGCUGCCUACGCUUUACCCGCUUUGAGACAAAUUGUUGAAGAUCUAAUGUUAUACCGAUUACCCACCAAAGUCGAAUCAGCAAAAGAACUUGAUGCUCAACGAGAAGUGGCCAUUGCCGCUCUUUUAAAGCUUUCCCAUCAUCGUCAAAGUCUUUACCUGCUCAAUAUUAUUGUCCAUCAAUCUCGAAAAGAGGGUGAAGACAAAUGGAGAAAAAUAUCUCGACAAAUUAUCGAUGUACUACUUCCCCUUUUAACUCGACAAUCUCUUUAUAUUGAAUCUUAUCCCGAUCUUGAGAUUGUCCAUCAUCUCUUUGAAUCUGUUUCCCCGGCGGUUUAUAGACCAGUUGAUUAUCUUCUCAAAGCACUUUUUACUCCACCCGACCCCAAGUUUCUCGAAGAUCAUCAUAUCUUUCAACGUUGGAUUUCAUCUGUUCUAGUCAUCAUUCGUGUCUUGAUAAUCCAUGCAAAAGAGGAGAUUGUCCUUGCCCGUUUAGAUGAUCUUUUACCUUCGUCAACUUUUUUCAAUCUCAAGUGGAUUAGAGAUGAUUCAUUAAUGUCAGAUGAAACUUUUGAUCCUUCUAAUUCAACUUCACCUGAAAAUGCUUCCAUCACCUUGAUUGCCGAGUUUAUGUUCAAUGUAGUUCGAGUUUGUGCUGAAACUUUGAUCCAUUAUCGUGAAUCAACGAGCCCACUUUUAAGAAAUCGAUCAACUUUUCUUGUUGAACAGAUUUCGUGUUUCUUACUUUACAUGACUCACAUGUUCCAAUCAGGGUCUUAUCGUCGAGUUGCAAAACGAUCAUCAGAAUUAUUGAAAGAAAUGUUAUCUCGUAAUUCAAUCCUCGGCUCAAUCAAUUCUGCUUUCAGUAGAAUUGAAUCUCAUUUUCCAACUAUCAUGUUCCAAUGGUGUAACAUUCUCAUGUUACUUGGUUUUGAUGAUCAUGGAACUCACCGUUUCUGGUACAAGCUAAUUAAAGGUUUUGAACAAAAGAAACACGAUCCAGCCUCUCUCGAUGUCUCACUAAAAGACGACUCUCGAUCAUCAAAUGAAGAAUCAACCAACGAAUCAAGUGUUGAUAAUCAGAAUCAAUUCCUCAUUGGCCAAUAUCCAUCGUUGAACAUUGAAAUUAUCCGAAGAUCAGCUCUUAUCUUACUAUGUGACUUUGUUUGUGAAAAUAUGAAUGAUGUUGAACAAUUAACUUGGCUAAUUAUCAAUAACAUCUAUGAAAUAAUUCGUUGGUCCUAUGAACUUCCAAUUCGUGAUUUUAUUCACGCUGUUCAUCGGAAUCAAGCUUCUUCAGGUCUUUUUCUUCAAGCGGUCGCCGCUCGAUGUGAAAACUUUCGAGAACCCGUUUUCCUCAAUCGUCUCCUUAUUUGUAUCGAGUUGUCCCACGAGACUCAAUCAGGCUCUCUGGUAUCUCUUAUUGUGGAGAAAAUUUUAUCCAAUCCCCAAACUGAGGCCUAUCUGUCCAUCCGAAUGACCGCCAAACAAAUUGCCAUCAAUAAAAUUAAAUUUCUCUGUAAAAUUGAUCCACUGGACGACGCACUGUUACAAUUAUCAGCUGAUGACACGGAUAAGAUUCUCCAUUCGAUUGAUGCACGAAAAUAUCGUGAUCUUGUUGAUUUAUUACGAAAUUAUCGUAGAUUAAUUUCACCUUCUACCGAUGUAAAAUCCACUGACCAUCCACUUAAUGAUGAUAACGAAGCGACUUCAUCAUUCACUACAAUGGAACUGAAUCGUUCAAAAGAUUGGUUCCUUUCGUUUUUCCCGAAUUGUUAUCAAUUCUCAACAGUUGACUGGAUGGAAUUGGCAACUCUUCUAAACAAAUGCUCACCUGAAGAAUUACAUAGUAUUUUUGGUCACAAAAUCUAUGGGCUGACCAUUUUAUCUCAUUGUUUGGUCACUGCAACCAAAUUGACUCUUUUCAAUGAAGAUCCAAAUUCUGAACCACAACCAUUGAAAGGCAACACCCUUCUUAAAGCGGCUAUGGCCUCAUCUCAACAACACUUGUCCAAAAUUUCAUCUCAUCUUCCAUCAUCUCAUUCGCCUUUCUCUUCGCCGGGUGAAAUGUACACCGCUCGAGAUAUGAAACAUCGAGAUUCUUUGGUGGAAUUGUUUAGUCAGAAAUUUUUCAAAGAUCAUCUUGUUUCUUUAGUUCCAGUUUUCAAUGCUUUCGCUUGUUAUGCUGAUGAAUCUCGAUGCUUUGAUAAUAAACUUGAACCUCGAGAAUUGAUUCUAAGAAUCGGUGUUCUCUACUCUGAGAUUCUCUAUUUUGAUCUUGAAUCUUCUGAUUACAGUAACAUCAGUUCUUAUAUUAACCUGUUGCACGAUCUAACCAAACGUUCAUCUUUCAUUGGUCUACUUUCUGAAACGAAAAAUGUUUCACUUCUUUGCUCUAUCAUAUCAGCGGUUCAUUUAACGGUAAAACUUAGUUUCGGCGAUUUACCUGAAAUAUCACUUCGAAAAUCUUUCCAAGAGAAAGAAAAUCUAACCAAACAAGAGCGAUCUGAUUAUCGUCACUUGGUUAAAGCCUGUGAUCGUAUUGUCGAGCUUAUGAUGUUUCUUAAAUUAAGUGAAUCCAAUACUUCAUAUGGAAAAAUUUGUUCAUUUACUUUUAAAUUGCCUCUCAGUUUGUUAAAGAAAAUUAAGCGAAUCAUCAUUUGCCUCUCUCGUAUACCUUGUAUCAAUUCAGUGGUCAUGAUACCUCCGUCCAUUUGGCAACAUGAUCUUUGGUCACCCGAGUUUACUGGUCACUUUGGAACUGUUUGUUCAACCGUCCCAUCAGAUUAUUUACGUGAUAAAGACAUUUUGAAACAAUUGAUUGACCGAAUCGCCUCACUUGGUUGGAUCAAUCGAAUUCAAUUUGAGGAAUUGUGGAUGUCACUUUUAGGUGUUAUUUCACCAAUUCAAGAUUCCGAUGAAACUUUUGAAGAUGCUCAAGAUAAACUACUAAUUGCUACCAUAGGAAUCGAUGGAAUUACAACUUUACUCUUACAAGCUUUAAGGUAUCCAGUUCCCGGAAAUCCGUUGAAAUGUUUAUACUCAUUCAAUCCUUCACGAACUGCAGCUUUCAUGCAUACCAAGUUUGGUGAAAAAUUAACACAAUUAAAAUACAUUCUUCCGGGAAUUCAUGAAUCACCUGAAGAAUCUGAAGUUGAUGAUUGUACUACAACAUAUUCAAUCAACUCUAAACGCCUUUUCUCUGUUGAUUAUCUUCGUAAACAAAUCGGAAUCAUAUCGUCAACUGAACUUACCCCACCAACUUCAUCUGGUUCAUCAUCGGCAUCCUCUUCAACCGUUCAAUCGCCCACCUCUCAGGGAGCCCCUGAUCCUUAUACACCUCGAACACCCGAGAAUAUUACUCUUAAAGAAAAUACCGAGAUUGAUCUUUCCUCAUGUAUUCACUUUCUUUUUGAACUUUAUGGUCAACUGAUUACUACCCAUAUAUCACGAUCUCCGUUAAUCAUUGAACUUUGUCGGUCAAUCGCUUCACUGAUGGACCUUUUCUUUGAGAAGUCACAAUAUGAGUGGGUUCUUAACAUUUUCCUCGAUCUAUUCCGUCUUUCAACAACCAAUGAAGAUGACAUGGUUACCCAGUAUUUAGCCUUUGGUGUCACUCGAUCAGCCGCCAUUCUCUCAAUUGAAAACGACCAACUGAUUGAAAAGUGUAAAAAGUGCGUUGAAUCAAGUUUGAAAAGUUUACUUCUACCAACAAGGAUUAACACUCUUUAUGGUGUUUGGUAUCUGUUAGAAAAGAAAAAUACUCUUCCCGGUGGGAAAGAGACGCAAUUCUUACCCUGCGUCUCCGAAUAUCUAAUUAAACAUCUUGGGGAUGAAAAUUUGCCAAGUAGUCACAAUGAGGAACAUGUUAUCAUCAUGUGGGAAUUGUCUUUCCAUCUGAUUGAAACUUUUGUCGAUUCAUUUGCUGAAAAUGAUUUCGCUCAGAAAAUAUUCUUAUUAAGCUUGAAAACAAUUAGCAGUCCAAGUAAUAAUGAUCGAGUCUAUGGAACCGUUUGCAAUGGAUUAAUGAGACUAUUAGUUUGUGAAAUUUUCAGUAUCAAAGAUGCUGAAGCAAUUGUAAGGAUCUCAACGGAGAAACUUAAAUCACCCAAAUUACCAGCAAGCGAAUCAAUUUUUUCACUUCGACUUAUGGUAACAUCGAUUUACAUAUAUGGAUUAUCAUUCGCAAGUGAAACUACUUUAUCUUCUUCACAGUCAACUCAAUCAUCUGCAACAAUUAACUCUAAUUCUGUUGGUAUUCUAAAUUCAAAUGAUAAUAAUGAAGAUUUACUUUUCGCGAUGGAACGGGUUAGACUUAUUUUCGAUCGGCUUAAAAUAUGUAAUAAGAAAGAAGCCGAAUUAAUUGCUUCCAUUAUUCCUCAAAUUCUGUGUGAUUUCCUUCCGACUCAAGAGAUACUCAAUAAGAUUAUUGGUGAAUUUUUAUCUAAUCAGACAAUUUAUCCUCAACACAUGGCUACAAUUAUUUACAAGGUUUUCAAAAUUUUAAGACAACAAUCUGAAAGUUCAAUGAUUCAGGAAUGGGUUUUGUUAUCAUUAUCAAGUUUUACUCAAAUUCAACCAAUUUCAUCAGCAAUUUGGUCUUUAUCAUGUUUCUUGGCAAGUGCAGCAUCAAAUGUUUGGGUUAGAAGCUUAUUUUAUUGUCUUGUCGCCCGAGGGAAUGGACUUUAUGAAGCCAAAGACGAAGAUAUUUUUUACCUUUGUUGUUGUAAUUUUUACGAUGAGCUCACUAAGGAUCAUCAAAAGGAAUCGUUCAUAUCAAUUUUUGAAGAUGUCACAAAAUUGGAUUCACCUUACAGCAAAUUAUUAACUUUCCUGAAGAAAUGAUUGGAUUGAUGGUCGAAAAAAUUAAAUAAGAUAAUUUAACAAUCAACAAAUUUUUAUAUAUAUAAUUAGUUAAUUGAAUUAAUUUUUGGGAGUAUUUAUUUUUUUCUGAUUCUCCAAUUAUUGAUUAAGGAGGGAAAAUCCCACAACUUAAUCCGCUCAAUAUUAUUAAUCAUCAAUAAUUUUUUUCUUGCUUAAUUGUCACAUUAUCAUCCGUUUCAUCAUCAUCAUAAUUAUCAAGCCUCUAGAAUUGUUAAUUAAUUGUUAUUAUUAAGAUAAAUCUGUAUUAUUAACGUUUAAAUACUGUAGUGUUUACAGUUUUUGGUAAAUUUUGUAGCAAUUAAGAAAAUUAGAUUAAAUAAUUUAAACGAA